AUCAGAUGCUGCUAUGCGCGCCCAUGGGGCGUCUCAACAUUGGCGCUGUCCCUCUCAAUUGCUUCUGCACAGACUCUCACGCCCUUCACUUUGGCCCGCGACAUUCAAAGCCCUAUAUGAACACAGCCCUUCGGACGUGCGCCACAUAGCGGGGCGAUACUAUUCGACGAUUGAUAUGCGGAUGGAGACAGAUGGUGCUCAGCCUCAUUAUCCGGUGUCGAUCAUCAAGGUCCUUAUACUCAAGCAGUCGAGCUACGUACGAAGUGCUCCUCCGCAUUCUCCAAUCACGGUCUGCUGCGGCUUUCGGCGAAUAAUCUUGGGGGCAUAUAAGACCUUGGACGAGGCAAGAGCUGGCACCGCAUCCUACUUCUAGAGAGUUCCCGACUCGAUGGCUGGGAGCAACGGCCUCCCCGCACAAAUGAAGCUCGCUGCCUUCGGCGUUCAGACGCUGUUCUAUGGCGUCUACCUCACGCUCACCGCUCUCAUCGUAUACCUCGAAUAUCGUUUUCCGUCCCCGCACGCCGCAGCAUCCAAAGCGCGCUCGGCCAUACUCAAUUGGUACGCCAAUGUGCUCUUCGCUCUGGUGGUGACUGCACACUGGAUCACCUCAUUCGUCCGCAUAUUUGAGGGAUUCGUGUCUUGGCGCGGUGGUAUGGACGCCACCGUAUACUUCUCUGACACGACCGACCGCAUCCUCUUUGCGCUCAGUAUCUUCAAGUUCGCGACGAUGAUCAUUGCCGACGUGUUCAUGAUCUGGCGCCUCUACUGUGUCUGGGAGAAGCGGAAAUCCGUCCUGAUCGUACCCGCGAUCACGCUCUCGGGCCUUCUCGUAACUUCCAUUGGCGGCAUGUGUAAUGUACAGCUGCUGCCACACAACCCACAGUUCUUGCACCUCGUUCCCGACGAGCAGCGCGCUAUUCAGGCAUGGAAGACCGCCAACACGGCGUGCGCGAUAUGCACGAACGUAUACUGCACAGCCAUGAUUGUGUUCCGCCUCUGGAGCAUGCGCAGGCGCUCGCCGCAGGUGUCUGGCGCGUCCCUUUCCGGCGUCAUCAUCGCCUUCGUCGAGGGUGCGGCGUGCUACACUUUUCCUCGGUCUCAUCGAUCUCAUUCCCCGAUGCCCCUUUGCCUCGUUGCUCAGUCGGUCCUUCGGCUAGCGCGCCACCUACCCAGCUUCGCCGUCGUUCUCCUUCAAAUCACGUACGCGCUGGGGCACCCCGCCUGGUACCUCUUCGUUGACUGCGCGCCCGAGGCGGCCGCGCUGUCGAUGGCGCUGAUUUGCGUGCGGCCAGUGCUCGUGAGAUUUGGAGCGGGUGCGAAGUGCAGAGGGGGCGCUGCAGCAGACGUGGAGAGAGGUGGGGCAGUACUCUCCUCUCGACGAGCACCAGCCAUUUCGAGCGCCGGUCCUACUGCGACGUCGCGGCACCUUGAUAGCGGCGCUUUGAAAGCGUACUCGAAGGGCCGCUUGGAAGCCUCGGAUGGUCCAGUUGAGCGCGCGACGAAGGCAGAGAGCACAUCCGGAGGCUCGGACAUGACAAUAGAGCUGGAGAAGGCCAUGGCCGGGGAUGGGGUGACGUCUGGAGGGAAGGAAGCAGGUUAAGGACCACGUUCAUCGAGCGAUGCGAUUGGAUAACUUGGAGACUGGCAGCCCUACGAUAUAGACUGAAGUUUAGCCGAUAGCUACCGUAAAGCGUCUAUAUGACGAAGCAGAGAUCGCAAUACAUAAUAUUAAGUACGCU